GCCAUUUAAACCAAGUUUUUGUGGAGACAAAUGAACAAAGGGGUCGGUGAAGAGAAUGGCUCCGCACCCACCUUUUAAGCAAUCUGCGAUAACUCCAUUGCCUCUUCCUUCGCCUCUCACCCCGUUUUCUUCCCAACAAAACAUGUUCGAUCCCAGCAAAGAACACCCCGAUUCUUUUGUCACUUUGUCGGAUCACUUAAGAUUCAGUAAUAGUUAUGGCGGUUAUGAUGGCCAUUCCUUGAACAACGAUUCCAAACCCACAAAAACAGCUCAAAACCAUGCAAAUUACAGUAGCUGGAACGAUGAAUCUGGGAUUUCCAGUCCUCCGUUAUGGAAAACUAGUCCUCAGCAUGAAAACAGAACCGAUUACCGAUGCCUUUCGCCGUCGUCGAGAGCUCAGGCCAUCGCUAGAGGCCAACGGGAACUCAUGGAAAUGGUUAGUAAAAUGCCCGAGUCUUGUUAUGAACUCACGUUGAAAGAUCUCGUUGAACAUCAGCAGCAGCCGGUAGUCGAUGAACCGAAAGAGGAGAGUUUCGCCGGAGGAAGAAGUUCGAGUUACAAGAGCGAGAGGCAGAACAGUCGGAAGCAGCAGAUUAAUAGGAGUGGGAGCUUGGAUAAUGGAGGGUUUCUUUUGAAAAUGGUGUUUCCAGUUUCCUUGGGGUCUAAGAAAAAGAAGAACAUCAUCAACAACAACAAGAAUGAUUGUAACACAAGUAAUAAGUCCAAAGUUUCUCCAAAGCCAACUGUAGCAGAUGCAUCUGCUAAGACAACAGAAAAAGAUUGGUGGAAGAAGAGAUCGGGAUCGAGCGAGAGCAACAGCGGUGGAUCGACUAUAAACAGCGGAGGCACCAAGAGUAGCCGUAGCAGCAGCAGUAGCAGCGGCGGCAGUGGCAGAAGCAACAACGGCCGGAGCAUCAGCAGUACUACCAACCACAGGCAUAGAAGGAAAGGUUGCUUGGCUUUCAUCUUCUGCAGGAAAACCAAAACACCGCUGUAAAAGGGAAACCUUGAGAGUUCAGCCCAUCUUUAAACAUGACGUUUCAACGUGUAAUUAUCUAUUCAAUAAUGUUAAAUGUUUAGGUUGAAGUACAUUCAGGGGAUUGUCAGUCACAGCAGAGGAAUGCAGCUGUUUGUAUAAUAU